AUGGCAACUGCGGGUAAAGUAGAUGUCACGCCACUUGCUCCAUUUGAUCCAGUUUCUGAUCCGGCUACGUCGAUAAGCCAGCGCUGGAAAACAUGGAUAUGUCGUUUCGAGACGUAUUUGGUAGCUUUAAACAUAAAGGACGACACACAAAAACCAGCUUUAUUGUUAUAUCAAGCGGGAGAAGCAGCACAAGAAAUUUUUGACACGUUAGCAAACACGAACGAGGAUAAGGACUAUAAGAUCGCUAUCGAGAAAUUAGACGCGUAUUUCGCCCCCAAGAAAAAUAUUGACUAUGAAAUAUUUUAA